UCAGCUGUGGGUUGGGCACAGGGAUUUCGCAGCAUCCACCCCAUGGGGCUGCUGGGCUCACUCUGCAACCUAACCCUGGCUCACUGUAGAUCUUGCUGAGGCAUCAAGCUUGCUGUUGAAAGUGAAACUCCUUGGGUUUUGGGAACUAGAAACCCGACAUACUGCUGACGCCUGCCUCUGCUUCCUGUACAGAGGCUGAAGCGUUUGCCCGGGUUCUGAGGCAGGUUCCACGGGGAGCCUCCUUUUGCAGCAGCGGCAGCGGUGUGCCCAAGGCACCACACCCUUUGACGUACGGUGAUGGGGAGACCCCAGAAGAAUGCCACCGGUGGGUCAUCCCCUCGGCUGGCCACCACCGCCCCCAAAACUGCCCCUGCCACACCACCAUCUUCUGCCUCUGCUACCCAGGUCCGGACUGCAGCUGUGGGCAGCAGGUCAAGGGGCACUGCAGCUGCCAGGGCUACUGGCUCCCGCCAGGGGCAGGGAGCAAAGCCAGACUUCUCUCAGCAGAGACCCACAGCAUCCUGCAGAGCCCAAGGAGGUGCUGGGGACCAGCACAGAGUAUCCACUGGGAAUUAUUCUACAACCCAGAAGAAGGCACCAGAUGCCAAAGCAGCUGCCAGUCCAGCCAGACCCGACACCACAGCAGUUGCCAGUCCAGCCAGACCCAACACCAAAGCAGUUGCCAGUCCAGCCAGACCCAACACUAAAGCAGCUGCCAGUCCAGCCAGACCCAACACCAAAGCAGCUGCCAGUCCAGCCAGACCCAACACCAAAGCAGCUGCCAGUCCAGCCAGACCCAACACCAAAGCAGCUGCCAGUCCAGCCAGACUUAACCCAUGUCUGCAGAAGCAGCAGCCUGAGGAUGACCUGAGCAGGGCCUGUGGCUGGUUCCUGCCCCCACUGGAGAGUCAGGACAUCCCACGUGUGGAGAAGGAGACCCGUGGCCAGCGGAGCAACCCCAAGUGGUAUGAGUGGCGGGCGAACCGCAUCACUGCCUCCAUGGCCCCCAGGAUCGCCAACAGCAAUUUUGCCAAUGGCAAGACUGACAAGGUGCCACAGUCCUACCUGAAAGCGGUGGUGGACUCCAGCCCUGGUGUGCAGACAAGAGCCAUGGCCUGGGGGAUCGACAAUGAGAAGGUGGCCGUGCAGGCUUAUGAGCAGCUGAAGUCGCAGGCAGUGGGCAAGCCAGUGCGGGUGGAGGACUGUGGCCUCUUCAUUGACCGGGAUAAGAAGUGGAUCGCUGCCAGCCCAGAUGGUAUCAUCAAGGAGGCAGCCACAGGGAAGGCCCUAGGGCUGUUGGAAGUGAAGUGUCCCUACAAGCACAGGAACAAUACGGUACGUGAUGCCUGCAAUGACAAGGACUUCUGCCUGAAGAUGGAUGGGGACUCCUAUGCCCUGAAGAAGGAUCAUGCCUACUUCACUCAGGUCCAGUGCCAGCUGGCAGCCACCGGCUUCCAACAAGCCGACUUCGUGGUGCACACCAACAAGGAGACAGCCGUGGUCCCCGUGAAGUUUGACUCUGAGUUCUGGGAACAGACAGUGCCCAAGCUGGAGAAGUUUUACACUGAGGCAGUGCUUCCCCACCUGCAGCAGAAGGCAGGCAGCUCUGCCCUGGCCAAAGAAGAGUAGACCCCCUGCCCCAUCUUGCUCAUCUGCCCCAGAAACCCACCUUUGGUCCCUGGCAUAGAAAAUGCUCCUGGGUCUGCUGCUGUUCUUCGAUUGUUCUCUGUCUCAGGACUGAAGCACUGCCAGCAGGACCCUGCUUUGGUGGGGGUCUCCAUGAACAGUAACCUCUAGUGCCUUCUUGUCUUGUCACCCUCAUUGUAUCCCCCAUUUGACCAAACAACACUCCCUGAUGGAAGCUCAUACACCCCUGGAUCUGCAAGGGAAGCCAUUAAUACCUCCAUGCUGGAGUAACAGGCUUAUUUUGUAGAGAAAACUGGAUCCUUUGGCAUCUCAACUGCUGUCAGGACUAAACUGUAGCUCUGAACUGGAGCCAGGGAAGUUUUGUCAAAGCCCAAGAAUGAAACAGCUUUUCAGCUAAAUAGUGAUGUACUGUAAGAAUGACAGGAAGGGCACGUGGACACAUGUCCUCCUUGAACCAUCAGACCUGCUUCUUCUCUGGAGUAACCCAUGAUGUUCACAAUGAGUUGGCUGCAGCCUUGGGAAGAUGGCGUCUGUUGAAGAGGUUAUCCCCCAGCCCAUCCGCUUCCAGAGGACCUUCCUGUGAAGCAUCCCUGUGCACUGCAGCAGGGUGGGGAGGUGGUCAUCACUCUAUUAAACACAAGAUGCACUGGCCCGCUCA